AACGACGGUGACCAGCAGCCAGCAACCCCGUUCCUUCCCUGGUAGGUAUUCUCGAUCGCCGGCGGCCCGACGCCGUCCGAGACUCAGCGAACCCGCCGCCUCCAGAUCCACCUGCAGCAGCCAGCAGGUAAACCCAAUUGAAAGAACUACUCCUCCCACCUUCCCCCACAUCACCGCUCGCUGGUGACUUCUCCCCAAAUCCGCCCCACCCCUCAAUCUGCUCUUCUUCUCCUUUACCUCGCAGUCUUUGGCGCGCGACGCAACUAGCCGGUCCUGCCGAUAUUCUGCCGGCGCGGAUUGAUUUCUCCUCCUCUUGGCCUUGCAGCACUCUUCGCUAACUGGGAGUACAAUAUUGUGCUCGAGAUGGCGGAUGAAGACUCGUCCGAUUUCACCUUCUGCAAGGUUGAGCAAGCUGAAAAUGAUGGUCGUUUGGAAUCCCCUAGUUCCAUCACUGUGGCAAACAUGACACUCGAGGAUGUUGAUGGUAAUGGUGCAGAUAUUUCAAAAGCUAAGAAGAUCCAGGAUAACACAGAAACAGACAAUCCAAUCACUGAUGGAAGAUCGCUCCAGGACUCCAGCAUAAAAGAACCAGUUGUACCAAAGAGUAGUGGAGAGUCUGUGCAAUCGAAUGUAUCACCUCAACCAAAAUCUUCAAAAAAAUCUGCAGUACGGGCAAAGGUUCCUUUCGAGAAGGGCUUUAGCCCCAUGGACUGGCUUAAGCUAACUCGUACACAUCCUGAUCUGGCAGGGCUUAGGGGGCAGACAAACCGGAGGCUAAUAACUUUGGAAGAAGUUAAACAGCAUAAAACUGGAGAUUGUAUUUGGACAGUUCUAAAAGGUCGUGUGUACAACAUUGGUCCCUACAUGAAAUUUCAUCCUGGAGGAGUUGAUAUGCUCAUGAAGGGCGCUGGAAAAGACUGCACUGCUUUGUUCAAUAAAUACCAUGCCUGGGUAAAUGCAGAGUUCCUCUUGGAGAAGUGCCUCGUCGGAUUCCUUGAUCCCAGUGAGUAGAUUGUGAUCCAACUAGUUAUUAGGUACAGCUUGGUCCAUGUGGAGAUGAUCUGAAGAAUUGUAAACAGUGCUUUGCUGCAUUAUAUAAUGGCGAUAGAUUAUGCCUCUCGAAUUCGAGGACCCUCUUCACUAAAAAAAAAAGGUGAGAUUUUAUGACGGAAAAUAGCGGAAGAAACAGAUUUGAUGAUAA